UACACAUAAAUUUAAAUUUAAAGAUUCUAUAGGAAUUUUAUCGAAUAUUUACACAAAUGACAAUUUAAUGUUGAACAAUAGGGAAUUCUAUUGUCGUCUGAAGUUGGUGGAUAAAAAACUUAAACUGGGAAAACCUGUACUAAUUGAAGUCAGUUCGAUUAUCAGUAUACCUUAUUUGAUGUAUACGAUAAUGGGUCAUGCCAGUCUCAUACAUACAGAACAUGUUAAAAUACCACCUUAUCAGAAUUCCUAUAUCAUAGAGAUAAUGCCUACACUUGAGAUGAUACCAGACUCUUUCAUCUACGUGUAUUAUAUUCACAAGGGUAAUUUACGUUACGAAGAAAUGCAUUUGAGUUUUCCCAAUGAAUUUGAAAAUCAGAUCUCACUAUCAGCACCCAAACAAGUGAAACCGGGCGAUGAAGUUACAAUUACCAUAAAUGCACAACCCAAGUCGUAUGUUAGUUUAUUGGCUGUGGACUUGGGUGUUUAUUUAUUGGAUAAUACAUAUGAUUUAUAUAAGGAUGAUAUAAUGUCGGACUUGAUUCAUGAAAGGUCAUAUUCUCCCAUGGCAGCUGUAUUGUAUCCCGGUAUAAUAUCCGGUCUAUUGACCUUAACGAAUGCUCACUAUCCAUAUCAAAAUCAAAGUGUUACUGUAGUUUCUGAAGUUAUUGUUCCUACCAUACAUCGUUUUCGUCAAAAAUUCCCAGAAACCUGGAUAUUUGAUAGUUUUUUAAUCAAUGAAACUACGACCAAAUUAACUCUUUCCAUACCAGACACUAUAACCACUUGGCGUCUAACGGCAUUUUCAAAUCACGAUAUAACAGGAUUUGGAAUAGUAAAUGGUCCCACAGAUAUCACUACCAUACAAACCUUCUACAUAUCACUAAAUCUACCAAAUUCAGUGAAACGUGGGGAAAUUGUAGCAAUACCCAUAACAAUAUUUAAUUAUUCCAACCAAUCACUAGACGCAGAAGUUGUUCUAGAUAAUAAUGAUAAAGAGUUCAAUUUUAUGGAAUUAAUAAAACAAGUUGUGCAGAAAUCAAAUGAUCAACAAAAACAGACUAAAAUCGUUACCAUAUUAGCGGAUAACGCCAAAACCGUGAAAUUUCUUAUAUAUCCCCUACAAGCGGGUGAUAUCAAUCUAAGAAUUACAGCUACAAGUUCUUUGAACUCAGAUGCGGUUCUACAGAAACUUAAAGUUAUAUCAGAAGGAAUUGUCAAGCAAAGAAGUCAGUCUUUGUAUUUAAGUGUACCGUCGGAAGAGAAAUUUUUUUCCACAUUAAGCCUUGAAAUGCCAGUAGACAUAGUCCCCGAUACUGACUAUAUUACCUUUACUGUGGGUGGUCAUUAUUUAAUACCCACAGUGGAAAACUUUAAUAAUCUUAUACCAUUGGCCACUGGGUCCGGUGAUCAAAAUAUGGUAAACAUUGCUCCUGGAAUCUUGAUUUUGCAAUAUCUUAAAGCAAAUAAUAAAUUGUCUAAGGAGAAGGAUUUGGUUGAAAAUUUACUUUCAUCAAUUGAAGUUAAUUACCAACAGCAACUGUCAUUUCGUCAUGGUAAUGGUGGUUAUAGCGUUUUUGGCAUGGCAACCGAUGAGGAACCCAGUACUUGGCUCACCGCCAAUGUGGUGCGUUAUCUCAUCAAAGCUUCGCAGUUCGUAGAUAUUGAAUCAAAUAUAAUUGAAUCUGCUUUAGAGUAUUUGGUUAGUCAACAAAAAUCCAAUGGGGAGUUUCUAUAUACGGGUUAUUUGUUAGAUUCUAAACAUGAAAAUGCAUAUGGACUGACAGCCUUUAUACUAAUGGCAUUUUUGGAAAAUCAAACUUAUGUCGAACAACAUCAAAAGACUAUAGAAAUUGGAGUAAAAUUUUUAAAUUCAAAUUUAAAUAAUACCAACGAUAUUUAUGUAUUAACCCUAAUGGCCACUGCAUUAAAACGUGCUAAACAUCAGAAUGCUGAUAUUCUUAUAAAUCAACUGAAAUCACGUGCCAACGAAAAUAAUGGUCUCAGGUGGUGGUCGGGAAAUAAUCAAAAUUUGGCCAAUGAUAUUGAAAUUACUGCAUACGCAGCAAUAAUUCUGCUGGAUACUCCAGGAGAUCAUACUUCGAUCUUAAAAUGGCUUAUAAAACAGCGUAAUGCUAAGGGAGGCUUUACAUCUUCACAUGAUACCGUAGUGGGUUUGGAAGCCUUAGUAAAAUUUUAUCUAGAAAGUAAUGAAGUGGCAAAUGGUGAAUUUCAUGUGAAUUCAAACAAUAUUUUAGAAUUGCAAAAACAUGAGUUACCAACAACCACACACCAUAUUAUUUUCGAAACAGAGGGCAAUGGAGCCUCCUUGAUACAACUCGUUCAACAAUACAACAUCAUAAAUGACACAGAAUUUCGUCAUUUUGAAAUUCGACCUAAAGCAAUCUACAAAAAUGAGAAAGAAAUUAAUUUGAAAGUUUGUUUCAUUUACCAAACCGAAUCACAUAUGACCAAUGAAACCAGCAAUUUGGUGAUUAUGGAAAUAAAUUUACCUUCUGGUUUUAGAUCUGAAGCUGAAAGUAGUAUGUCUUUAAGGCAAAAUAAUAUUGUGCAGAAAAUCGAAAUCACAAAUUUAGAAGCGACAAUAAUUUUAUAUCUAAAUAAAUUACAGGCAAAUGGUACUUAUUGUCUAGAGCUUCCUACAUAUAAAAUAAUUGAAAUUUUAAAGCCAAAAUCAGCAGCCAUUAUAAUGUAUGAUUAUUAUAAUUUGAAUCGUACGAAUACGAAAUUUUAUACUUUAUAA